UGCCUGUCAGCCUCUUCAGGCGUCUUUUCCUUUCUGCCCCUUCUCUCGCUUUCAGUGCCCCAAGAGAACUCCGGAAUGCAUCCAAGGCUCUCCCUAGCUACAUUAUGGCUGGCUGGCUGUUCGUGGUUGCUCAUAUGAUGAUAGGGAACACAUUCCCAUUCCAGGAAAGCGACUGGAAAAAUGGGAUUGCCCUGGCGUCGUCGAAAGGCAUAGAUGGUUUCGCACUUGACAUUGGCCGAGAUGGCUGGCAGCCGGGCAGGGUAGCGGACGCCUAUAAGGCGGCAAUCGGGACGAAUUUCAAGCUUUUCCUCACCUUCGACAUGGCGUCUCUUCCUUGCCAAAAAGAAGAAGACGGGGCAAUCCUUCGUCAACUUGUAACUGCUUAUGCCAAGCACUCGAACCAGCUGCUUUACAACGGAAAACCUUUUGUCUCGAGUUUUGGUGGACAGAACUGCAGGUUUGGGACCGACCAUAUGGACGAAGGCUGGGCGAACGUGUUGAAGAAGGACCUGACAUCCGUACACUUUGUUCCGGCGUUCUUCAUGGAGCCACCCAUUUUUCCUAGUCUCAAAUCCAUCGACGGCGCCUUUGCUGGGGACUCAUCGUGGCCUAUGGGAAACUACGACAUCAACUCCGGAUAUGACGACGAAUACCUUAAAUACCUGCCAGGGCGGACGUAUAUGGCCGGUGUCUCGCCGUGCUUCUUCACUGACUAUGGCCACGAUACCUUCGAUAAGAAUUUUAUUUUCCGCUCCGAUGGUUGGCUUCCUGCCACCAGGUGGGAACUUAUCCACAAGUAUCGGAACGAGAUCGACAUAGUGCAAAUCAUAAGCUGGAACGAUUUUGGCGAAUCGCAUUAUAUAGGGCCUAUCGUUGGAGCGCAACCUAUGUCCGAGGCAUGGACGACGGGAUUCGACCAUCAAGGUUUCCUCGACCUUAUGCACUAUUAUAUUAUCGGCUAUAAGACAGGCAGGUUCCCCGAAAUUCAAAGCGACCGAAUUUUCCUCUGGGGAAGGCUAUACCCGGCGCAAGCAGACGCCCCGGACCCUAUUGGCAAGCCUAUUAACUUCCAAUGGGCGAAGGACUGCGUCUGGGGUCUUAUAUUCCUGACCGACCCAGCCCAUCUUGACCUGUCGUGCGGUACCAAGAACCUGAGCGUACAAUUACCUAGCGGGGUCAACAAGGUCAAUCUACUUCUGACGGAGGAUUGCAGCGUCCGCGCUGUGCUGACGAGGAAGGGCAAAACGGUUCUCGACUUCAAGCCCCCUGGGUACAACUUCGCCAGGUUCCCUAAGAACUAUAAUUUCAACGCCUUCAUCGCCGCGUCUCCGCCAUAGG